UCGACGAAGGAGAAUACCGAACCGCACGGUCCUACCACUAUCGGGAUCGACUAGAUAUAUGUUAUACUAGUUUCGGGCCGCCUGUCCCCUCUCAAACUAUGACCAUGAAUGCAGGAUACACAGUCUCGCCCACGCCGGUCGAACUUCGCGAUCGCCUGAAGGAUCGAGCGCGACAACCUCAUGGCAACGUCCCUCAUACCUACAGUUACAAUCACAAUCAGAAGAGCCCCGUUACCCCGAUCGAAUCGCAUCUCCUGUCACCAUAUUCCUCACACGUCCAAAGCAACUCUGCCUCUCCUACGGGCAAUUUCAACACCCCCGCAGACACCGUCUCGUCCAUAGAUCCGUAUCAGCAGAGUGACUUCAGUAGCGAUUUCGGCGACCCAUUUUUGGGGGUUGACUUUAACGACGUCGAGAAUGGACUACCCGGCUUUUUGGAGAAUUUCAAUAUAGGAGAGCCCGCGGGUGAGCAGUCGCACGUUCUAAACUAUGGUGUCAGUGAUACCCAGUACCCUCUGAGUCCCGAUCCGACACCCGCUAUACCGUCAACAUCGAUGUUCAACGGCGGGCUUGACACCAACGUUCCGCACCAGCCGUCAGACGAAACACGACGCUUCGCGAACUCGAUCAAUACAAGCCAAUUCGCGCCGCAAUUGACACCAGAUACCAACGGCGACGGCUUCUCAAGUGACGGCAGUCUCGCGCCGAAUGCACUCGCGAUGGCUGCUCAAAGUCCUCGUGUUACCGUAUCCAUGUGGAACAGAGACGAGGAAGCCCCAGUGCAGGGCAUCGAGAGGUCUUUCGCCUCGGGCGCCGACGGCUCUCAAACAAAUCAAGCGUCGAUUAGCCUAGCCGGCGAUCUGGCAGGCGACCCCGCCCACGAGAACCUAGUGGCUGUAUCCCGAGAUGCGCAUGGCGGUUGGUUGCCACACUCCACCGCGGGUUACGGGGGUCUCGCUCCCGGAGAUCGGCCCACUCAGGAGGUCCCGAGUAUCAAUCAACAAGCUGCUAGUCGAGAGCGCGACGAGAAGAACAAGGAGGUUUUCGAAUGGGCCGCGCGAUCGACUGGCUGGUCUGCCGAUUUCACAGGCACCUCAGACGGCUCUUCCAACAAGCUCGCAGAGAGGCGAGAUAGCGAAGACAAUAUACCUCCCGGGGAAAUCUCCCUGGGGGAUGCCACCGAGAACAAACAUAUCCCCGGUCAAGCAUAUCUUCACGUAGAUGGGUCGGGCGGGGCCCUCACGCAGACCGACUUCGACAUUAUGCGACAACUGCGGACUUGGGGAGACGCGCCGACUAUUCAUGCCAUCCAAUCCGGCUCCCGGUAUCAACCCCUGACAUCGCAAGCCGCCAUCGAAAAGUUCAAUCGGCAAUGCCAGGACAACGAGUCUAUUGUUUCGAGAGCAGCAACGUGGGGGACCCGUCGCCGUAGCUUACCUAGUAUUGUGGACAUAGAAGGCAUCGUCUCCGGCAACUUCUUGAAAAAGUUAUCGAUCAGCGGGCAUUCCCGCCGCCCAAGCUUUAUGAAAAGGAUCCCCAGCCUCGUGCGGAAGCCUAGCGCUAGCCAGAUCUUGAAGCGGAAGGGGAGCAAUGCUAGCGAGGUGCCUCCAGAGGAUGUCGAGGAUCAGGAUCGCCGAUCGUCCAAGGACACCCUAGCGCCCCCGUCGCGUACUUCCAGCUGGGGGAUUAGUGGGAUUACUAAGAAACCAACUCCCAGCUUGAAUACUGCCCUGGUGGGAAUCGCUACAGGCGCUGCUGCGAUCGGGACCACACAUGCCCGAAGUGGUUCGAUCAGCGCAACGCCCAUAACUUCUCCCAAGAGUCCGUUUGGAUCUCUGAGUGUGCCGCCCAUGAAGAACGCUCUUAGGAGAUCGAGGAGUAAGACCGAGGUUUCUAAAGGUCCCAACGUGGAGGCUAUCUCGCACCCAAAUCUGGUUGAGAUGUUGAAGAAGCAAGGUGGACCACCAGUUGCUUCACUGUCGAGAACUCAGCCGGUGGUAGAGCAGGAUGACGACGACGACGACGACGACGACGAAGGAUACGACGACGUAGACAUGAAGCCAGAGCCCCAGCGGCUGGAGAGCAUAGAGCCGACUCCCCAAGGCUUCCGAGAGCAUAUUCUUCGAUUGAACCCCGGGCUACCGAGAGAGAACGGUUGGCUGGUUGAUCGCAUCGCCCACCAGAUGAUUAUGCGUUACAAGCAACUCCAGAGCGCAAAAGUCAAGCACCUGAGCCUAGUUAACCAAGGAAAAUGCCCCUGCGGGACUUUAUGUGUCGCGCUUGGUGGGUCGGCCAUUUCCCUAGACGGCAAAGGGGGCGAGCGGGGUGUCGACCCGUUGUCGGCGCGGCCAGAUUCUUCCGAUGGCGACACCACACCUCUCGAGGGCGGCAUCAACUCGGAGAGUUUUCCCCUAGGUAUUCCUAUGCCCCCGACCACGUCUCUCCCGGCAGAAUUCGAAUGCCAGCUAUGCUUUACAAGCAAGAAGUUCCUGAAGCCGUCCGAUUGGACCAAGCACGUCCACGAGGACGUCCAGCCGUUCACGUGUACGUGGGAGCGGUGUCGUGAUCCUAAGAUGUUCAAGAGGAAGGCAGACUGGGUACGGCAUGAAAACGAAGGGCAUCGCCACCUCGAGUGGUGGACAUGCGACGUUGAAGACUGCCGGCACGUCUGCUACCGACGGGACAACUUUCUGCAGCAUCUCGUUCGCGAGCACAAAUUCGCGGAGCCCAAGAUCAAGACCAAGGCGGCCAUCAAGAAGGCUGGCGGUGUCGACUACACGUGGCACAAGGUCGAACAGUGCCACGUCGAAACGAGUGCUAAGCCUUCCGACGAACCCUGCCGGUUCUGCCGUAAGACUUUCCCAACGUGGAAGAAACUCACGGUCCAUCUGGCGAAGCACAUGGAACACAUCAGCCUUCCGGUCCUGAAGCUCGUCGACUCGAAAGAGCUUCACGCGGACACCAUCAUCAGCCCAGUGCAGGAUCUCCCCCGUCCCAAUUUCCCGGUGCCUGUAGUGAAGCAAGAAUCGCCGAUGUUUAAUUCGCAAGGCCCCAAUACGGUGCCGAAUCCGAUCCCGAUAGGAUUUAUCCCACAGGGAAACCUCGAUUACGGUAUGGGCGCGAUACAGGUGCAGAAUUCCUUCUACGGCCAGCAUCAGAUGACGCAGCCGUAUACCGAUAUAUCGCCCAACCCGGGGUCCGGCAACGUGAUGAUGGCACAGAACUUUACCAAGCCUCAAUACCACGCCCUCCCCGUUACCACGGGACCGUCUUACAACACGGCCGCAAACGCGUAUAUACCCUUGCCGAUCCAAGACGGAACGGAGCCCUUCCCCCAGUUUGAUCCGCUCGGUAUCCAGGACGCUGCGGGACCAUUAUACUACGACAAUCUCACGACGCCUAGUAUGCAGCCUAUGGAGCAAUAUGGCAGCCACCCGCCGUCGUCUUACAACCACUCGCCGCACCAAGGCCACGGUAACUAUUUCAAUCAGUGAAUGCUGGCAAACUAUGUCGUUUCUGUUUCGCGGUUUACCUUUGCAAUUCCCUCCCCAUUAUGGCGAUACCCCCUUUCGAGUUGGAGUUGCAGGCUGACCUGGGAUUGGAUCGCCAUGGUCCUGAUGUUUGUCGAGUCCGGCCCAGGAUGCGUGAUCUGCGAUAUACCACGGCGUUGUGUGGGCAAGACUAUAUGUUUAUAUAAGCAUUUUGUUUCCGAUCGCUCUCUAGAGAUCCUUCUUUCUCUUUUCUGGUUUGGUCAUUUGAUCACAUCCCGGGUUACGGGGUAUUGAUUGGGCUACGC